AUGGAUGACCUUGCAGGGCUCGCAUGGAAUUCUUCUUCCUCUUCGUCCAAACCGCCACCUCCACUGAAACCAACAUCUCCAGCUCCGUUCAAUGCACGACCGUCUCCCCUAUCCUCACGCACAGUUUCUCCCGCAAAUGCCACCACAAAACCUCCGCCGGCAGGCGAUAGCUUUAGCAAUCUCGUCUCCUUUGGCCGGAGCAAAGCAAACGACAGCAACAUAACACUACGGGAACGACAGAAGCUGCUGCAGGAGCAGAGGGCUAAGGAAGAGGAAGAACGGCGGAAGAAGAUGGACUCCUUGUUUGGUGAUGGUGGAGGGGGGGCGAAUGCUGGGUUUUGGGACUCGCUUGAGACGGGGAGGGUGUCUCCGAUGCCAGUGAAGAAGAUUGAUGACGAUGAGGAGGAUCUUUUAGCGGCUUUCAGUGCUACUGCUCCGGUUGACAAUAGCUCUUAUUACCCCCCUCCAAUCGGGAGUGGGGUUUCGACGCCGCUACAGUCGGUAGAGCCUACGCCUGUUGUUAUGGUUGAAUCUGCAAACUCCGGAAUAGGUUCGAGGAAUGAUAUAAAUGAUAUAAUGGAUCCGUUUGAUCUUGAUAAUUUACCUUCUAGGGAUCCAUCUCCGUUCAACCAGCAGCACAGCUCUUCUAACGCAUUCGGCGACGACGAUAUUCUCGGGGAUCUAGGGAAACCGGUCGAAGCGUUACCGCCCAAGCCCUCGCCAAGGAUGGAAGAACCCCCUUUUCCGCUGCCGGGAAAUGAUCCACGGGAUCCGGCAAUUGCAGAAAUCGUGGACAUGGGAUUUACGGUUGAGCAGGCUAAGAAGGCGCUCGUAGAAACGGACACAGGCCUCGAUGUUACGGCUGCGGUGGGUUGGUUAUUGGAAGAUGCACAUAGGAAGAGUAGGCCUGCAUCUGCGAAUCCCCCCGGGUCCAGGAGCGGUUCGCGGGCUGGGCAAGAGGGAUGUGUAGACCCCCCAAGGAGGCGGAGGGAUGAUAGUGGGCAACCGGCAUGGAUGAGAGACGGGAGCUGUGAAACCCAAGAGAAGGAUAUUGGGCAGAUGGCUUCACAGAUUGGCGGAACACUGUUCAAAUCCGCUAAUAGUCUCUGGAAUACUGGAAAAAAGAGGGUCGGGAAGGCGAUUGCAGAGCUUCAAGAUGGUAACACAAAUGACGGAGGAGACCCAAACAUCCCCAAGUGGAUGAGAGAUGCGCAGCAACAUCAAUUGGAGACUGCCGUAUCUAGUGAGAAGUGGGACAGGGGCAACUUUGCUGAAGAAGAUAUGAGGCCUGCAAGGCCGGCCCAAAGGGAGAAAGCUCCUGAGCCAUUACUAACUGAGGAAGCCCUUAUGCUCGAAGCUGGCAGCGGGCCCCUGCCAAGGAGAAGGCAAGAAAAGGAGAAACCAUCCAGAGUUCUGUCCGAGAAGGAGCAAAUACAGCUGCAAAGACAGCAGGCUUUUGAAGCUGCAAUUCGACAGAAGGAACAGGAAAUGCGAGAGAGAGAACGGCCUCGCCAAACCCCAUCGCCUGCAGCUUCUAUCCCCAACAGUAGCGACAGGAGGGCGAAAUUGGCUCGUGGAGCAGCAGAGGAAGAUAGCGCAGUUCAAUAUGUUUCGAAGAACCGGCGAAGACCACCGCCACCCUCAUCUUCUUCCACCGGAUCAAUUUCGAAACCCGCGACACCCGAGCCGCCCAUGGGAGACCUUCUGUUCGGCGGCUCGCGUGCGCCGAGAGAACCCUCUCGAAAUCCCUUUCUUCAACAACAGCAGCAGCAACAGCAACGACUGACCCCUUCACCCGCUUCCCGGUGCCCAACCCCUAGCACAACAACGCCAAUUGUCACUCGCCCAACCCCCAACCGCCCAGUGGUGCCGAUAUCACAACAGGUUCUUCAAACAUCCUCCGUCUCUCGCCAAAAGGGCACCGACUCCUUUAGACGUGGAGACUACCCCACAGCCCUGGCCCACUACACCUCCGCAUUAAACCAGAUACCCCCCCUACACCCAAUUCGCAUAAUAAUCCUCUCAAACCGCGCUCUAUGCAACCUCAAAAUCGGCGAUAGUCGUGCAGUACUUGCAGACUGCGACGAAGCACUUGGAAUAAUCGGACCCAGCAAUGGCGAAAGCGAGACUAUCACGCUAGAAGACGGGACGAAGAAGGACAUGAAAGAGCUAUUCGGAAAAACACUCACCAGGAAAGCCGAGGGGUACGAGCACAUGGAGAAGUGGGCUGAGGCUCUAAAAACCUGGACACAGGCCGUAGAAGCCAGUGCUGGCGGAGCAAUCGCGAUAUCCGGGAAACGCCGCUGCGAGGCUGCCCUCCAACCCAAGCCUGCGCCGAAGCCAAAGCCUACCGCCCCUGCUCCGCCCACUGCCCGACGCGCUCCUCCCCGCUCAUCCCAGUCCACCAGCGGCGGUCGCGGUGAAGCAGCACGCGUAACCGCCCUCCGCCAAGCAAACGCCGCGGCAGACAAAGUCGAAGAAGAAAAACUAGCGCUCCACGACAGAGUUGAGGACCGCGUAAACGCUUGGAAAUCCGGCAAGGAGGGUAACCUGCGCGCCUUGCUGGCGAGUCUGGACACCGUGCUCUGGGAGGGGAAUGGAUGGAAGAAGGUUGGCAUGGGGGAGCUGCUGAUGCCGAAUAAGUGUAAGAUUGCAUACAUGAAGGGGAUUGGAAAGGUCCAUCCUGAUAAGGUAGUAUCCCCCCUCCCAACUGUAAUAAUAUGUGGAUGGGCGGAUGAUGACAGAUGGAUUGGGGGGCUAACGAUGGGUUAGAUUUCACUGGAGGCGUCGACGGAGCAAAAGAUGAUUUCUGCAGCGGUUUUCACACUGCUGAACGAGGCUUGGGAUAAAUUCAAGGCAGAAAAUGGGCUGUAAAGGGCGAUGUGGUAGAAGUCAUAGAUUUGUUUUUAGCGUUGAUUGGGUUGGCCGGUUAGCUGAUGGAGGGGCCGGCUCGAUUGGUUAGCCGAUCCCAUCGAGUCCAUGAUGGCUUGUACGUGGAUGGUAACUGCAGCUGUGCGUUUAACCUCUAGUAUUUUAUGUAGCGCAGACAAAAAAGGAAGAUGUCAUAAAAGAAAG